AUGGGCUGUGGGUGCCGCUGAGCAAGAUGGAGCUGUCUGCAGUAGGCGAGCGGGUCUUCGCGGCCGAAUCCAUCAUCAAACGCCGGAUCCGAAAGGGACGCAUCGAGUACCUGGUGAAAUGGAAAGGGUGGGCGAUCAAGUACAGCACUUGGGAGCCAGAGGAGAACAUUCUGGAUUCGAGGCUCAUCGCAGCCUUCGAGCAGAAGGAAAGGGAACGUGAGCUGUAUGGGCCCAAGAAGAGGGGACCUAAACCCAAAACUUUCCUCCUAAAGGCCCGGGCCCAGGCGGAGGCCCUCCGCAUCAGUGAUGUGCAUUUCUCUGUCAAGCCAAGCGCCAGCGCCUCCUCGCCCAAGCUGCACUCCAGCGCUGCGGUGCACCGGCUCAAGAAAGACAUCCGCCGCUGCCACCGUAUGUCCCGCCGCCCCCUGCCACGACCAGACCCACAAGGGGGUAACCCUGGCCUGCGCCCACCCAUCUCGCCCUUUUCUGAGACCGUGCGCAUCAUCAACCGCAAGGUGAAGCCCCGGGAACCCAAGCGGAACCGCAUCAUCCUGAACCUGAAGGUGAUUGACAAGGGCCCGGGAGGUGGCAGCACUGCCCAGGGCACCGGGGCACUGGCCCGCCCGAAAGUCCCCUCGCGGAACCGGGUCAUUGGGAAGAGCAAGAAGUUCAGCGAGAGCAUGCUCCGCACCCAGAUCCGCCACAUGAAGUUUGGCACCUUUGCACUCUACAAGCCCCCUCCCGCCCCUCUGGUGCCCUCUACUGCGGGCAAAGCUGACGUGGCCUCCUCGGGGCCUGGGCUGCUCCUGGCCACCCCAGCUGCUGCCCCCUUUGACGCACACAGCUCUAGCUCUUCCGGCUGCCCCUCACCCACACUGCAGUCCUCUGACCCAGAUGAUGCACCACCCAAGCUCCUCCCCGAGACCAUAAGCCGAUCUGCGUCCAACUGGCGAGAGUCAGAGGUGCUCGAUCUGUCCAUCCCUCCUGAGGCAGCUGCCACCGGCCAGCGGGUGCCUCCUGAUGUCACUGCUGCUGCGGGCCAGGCGCUACACACAGUUCUGGAGGCCACAGGUACCGGCUCCUCCGAGCCUGAGGCUGGGGACUGGCGCCCCGAGAUGUCGCCAUGCUCCAAUGUAGUCGUCACAGAUGUCACCAGCAACCUCCUGACCGUGACCAUCAAGGAAUUCUGCAGCCCUGAGGAUUUCGAGAAGGUGGCUGCUGGGGUGGCAGGUGCUACAGGGGGUGGGGGUGGCACUGGGCCAAGUAAGUGAGGAGCUUCCUCAAGGAGGGAGGCUUUGGGGGGCCUCCUUCCAGGAGUUGUACUUGUGCUCCCACCCUAUCCCUGCCCUCAGACCCGUAUGCCUGUGCUUUGCUUGCCUCGAACGGCUCAGUGUUGACCCAGGGAUGGUGCUGGCAGUCCUGGACUUGGUCGGGGCCCUGGUAGGGCACAGGAAGGAAGCUCUGCUCCCUGGUGUCCCUGCCACUGUCCCUGAUUGUGCAGGUGGGGCCCACUAGGUGGUUUCUGGGGAAUCCCCAGAACUUGGGGUUCACCUAUCCUAUCCACACCCCACCCUGCCUCUCCUAGCUUGCUUCUUGCUCUGUGUGCAGUGUCUGGUCUCGGUGCUAUCUUGGUAUCUGCAGGGCCCCUAGGAGAUCCCACCUAGGGCGGGCACAGUCUCUUAGUACCACCUGGCACUGAGUGAAGGAUGAGGCCAAAAUGGGUCCCUCCCUCGACACCAUUGAGGGUGGUGGCAGCUGGGCCAGAGGUCCCCUCUCCUGCUUGCCUACAUGUGGACCAGGCCCGUGCAGAUCUCCUGCCCCACACACUGUCUCUAUCCAAACCCCCCUUUGAAGGUGGAGGGGCUGGCAGACAUGGCACCGAGCCACAGCCUCUGGGCAUCUGAAAACCCCUUCCGUCUUCUACCAAAGGUGCUGCAAGGACCUGCUGUAGAGGCUUCUGGCCGUGCAUGUGUUUGCCCCUGGCCCAUUCUUGUGUAGAUCCAUGUGUGUGUUGGGUGCAGGGCCUUAGCUCUCCCUGCAACACCCUUUACGGUUCUCCUCAGAACAGGGUCGCUAAAGGCGUGGCCUCCGUUGCCUUAACCAGGCCUGGCACAGUCCAGUCUGUGGUUUGUCGUGGAAGCCACAGGCCUCUCCAAUCCCAGGUUGCUGGGGGAUGUGGAGCCCUCAGUCCCUUCUCGGGAUGGUCCUCUUGAAGGUCAGACCUUCACUGCAGACAUGGCGCAGUAGGGACUGUGGCAGAGGAGGAGCCCAGCUGCAGCCUCUUGUUGCAGAUGUUUGUGGAGGAAAGAGGAGGCCCAGAGACCUCCCAGGGGUCUUCAGUUUCCCCCACUCCUCCCGUUUGCUUUUAACUGCUGAGGCUUCCUAACAGUCUGGCCUGUUGGAAGACUUCGGGUGCCUUGGGCAGCUUCUACCUGCCCUCUGCUGCUAGGGAACCGAGGCAUCCAUGCCAAUGGCAGGCAGAGACCAAAGCCCCAGAUUUAGGCAGAGAGGGGAGAGAGGGUAGAAGUGUCUGUGUUCAAAAGAGAGGGAGGUGCCCAUCCCCAGGCAGCACUGGGAGUCCAUUGGCCUACCCUUGGCCACUGCCUGGGAGUCACCUGGGUGUUGAAUGGCAUGUUCCUGUGUGUAGUCUGAGCUGGCUUCUGGUGUUCACAGCCUUUGGUACCUUGCUCAGAAGCAUGGGAAGAGGCAGGACCACGUGAUCUAAGGACAAGUAUUCUGGUCUUUGGGGAAGCUACUUCUCCUUACCAUUCCCCUGCCAGGGUCUGCAGCACAGCCCCAGCCCCCUUGCCCCAGGGUAUAAAACAGGGGCUCUCACAGGGUUUGAGAGGGAUACAGUCCGGUCCCACCCUGUCCUGUGUUAGCUCCCAUACCGUCCAAGUGCCAAUUGGCUUUUCCCCCAAAUAAGGGCUGGUAUUUCGCCUCUGUCCCCAGGGGCGAUUUCCCCCUCCCCCUUCCCCAGGUGAGCCACCACCUGGGUGCCAGUUACAGGUGUUUGCAGAGACCAUAGAAAUGUGUUUUCCUGAGAGUCUGUGUCAUUUGUGACCUUUUUUUGUAAAGAAGUUGUGUUUGCAGAGGCGAUUUUAUGACAGGAAAGUGAAAGAGUUAGUUUUGCAGAAAAAAAAGAAAAAAAAAGAAAAAAAUUUUAAAAAGUAAAAAAAAAAGAAAGAAAAGAGAAAAAUAUUAAAAAAAAAACCAUCAUAGGACUCCUAAGAGUGCGAGGCUGGGGGGAGAAAGCUAUUUAAGAAGAACGUAUCAACGCAGCGAUUGCACAGGUGAGGUGGCAAUGUUGGGGUGGGGUGGAGGCCUGCGCUAGCCGGUGGGCUCCCUGGGAUAGAAGGCACACAGAGGUGGUCACUGUCCUCCUUCCUUGACAGCAGGCAGGAUGAGUCUGUUGUGACUUAGGAGCAUGCUUCCACUUGCUUGGAAGGAUGGCACCAGUCCUAAGGUAACUUGCAGGAAGCUCGGGGGACAGGCAGGUGGCGGUAGUGGGCCUCGGAGGGACCGACUCACUGUUGGUGCCUUUCCGCCGAAAGGCUUCCCCUCCGUGAGCUUUUGUCAGCUCUCUGGGUCACGUGGUUCCCAGCAGCUCCACCGACACUCUAACGACCCAGGCGCCUUUGAGCAUCCCUGGUUAGGAGGAGGGAUGCAGGCUUCAGAAAGUGGCUGACGGAGUAAUCUCCUCGCUCAUGCACAAGGCCUCAAGGUGCACGGACCCAGGGAAGAUGUGGGCCCGCCAGCGAGCAGACCCCUUUCCUCUCCUGAAUGGUCAGGAGCAGGAGGCCCAGAGGCUGCACAGACUCCUACACAGCCCUGCACCAUCAGCCUACUGCAGGCCCCUCCCCCACCCCUGCUGCUUUUCAUUUGCCUACUUACCAAGCAGAAGUUGCAGUCCCUGUUUGCUUUAUUUUUGUAUGUGAAAUGACCCCCUCCCCCCUACAGGUCAUGCCUUGUAAGCGCAUCCUUCCCACCCACUUGUCAGGAAACAGGAGUGGGUGAGUUCUGCGUCUUGGGUUUUGAGACGGAGGGUUGGGACCCAUCCCUCUUGUGGAUCUUGCUCUGAUCUCAGUCAGUCCCUCUGUGAAAGGGCUGGACAAGGCAGUGAGGCCUCAGCACGAAGCACUCUGGGGCUUCCAGCUGCCCAGCCUGAGCGAACCGAAUGUGCCUCCCUCCCUGGCUUCAGUGGGAGCUGAUGGGAUGGAGGGCGUUGUCUCAUUUCAAAGGAGGCUGAACUACUUCACGGGAGUCUGGCUGGCAACUUCAGAGCCCUGGCUGUCCUGGCUUUUAAAGGGAAAGGUGGGACUCUGGGGCUGGUGUAGGCUGGAGGGUUGUCCCUAGCAGACACUAGGUCAGUCAAGGAUGGGCUGGCCUGGUCUCUGGGGACCUGAGAGGGCAAACUCACCCCUUCUUACUUUAAUGGUUUGUUGGGUUUUUCUUGGUUUUUAUGUUUCUUGUUUCUCUUUUUCUUCCUUUGUUUUGUUUUUUGCACUUCAUGAAUGGUGGAGCCCAGCCUGGUCAGCUCUACCCUUGGGUUCCAGUGCACUAGACCAAGGUAGCCUCUCUGGGGCUUCUAUGGUUCAAGGACUCACUUUUUUAAAAGAUAAGAGAAAAUUUAAGGGUUUUAGUUUUGUUCUGUCUGCUUCUCUUCUUGGUUCAGAAAGCCUAGAGAGUGUGGUUACCCCCUUCUGACAGACAUUUGAGAAACAAAAACAGGUACCUGGUCAGGUGGGGGCUCGGGACCCCACUUCCCAGCCUACAGUUCCCUCCGUCCUUAAAGGAGUCAGGGUUCCACUCCAGCUGAUGCAGAGCACCAGUCAUGUGAUGGAACCAGAGGGUAUGAAGGGGCCAAGUGGUGGGGGUCAGACGCUGGGCACCCCUGGGCUGAGGGGAGGAAGCAGGCAUCUUUUUGUUGCUUUUAACUUAAAGACACAAAGGCCUAAAGAAAUAUGUAUCUUAUAAUUUUUUUAAUUUUUAAGAAGCUCAUUUGAUGAACUGCACGAAUGGAUUCUAUAUAUAUAUAUAUAUAAUAUACGUACAUAGCUCUAUAUUUGGGGACGGGCACUGUCUCUUUUCUCUCGCAUUUUAAAGAUGAAGUGUCUUUGCCUUUGUCUGUGGUUCAACCAUCCAGCUCCCAGCUGGCUAAACUUUGCCUCCAGUGGUUAACGGCAGGAACGUACUAAAGCUGGCCAACGGAGGAAGGGGCGGGGCCUCAGUCUGCCCUGCCCCCUGGGGAGGAGCUCCAGUGGGGAAGAUAGCUUAUUUUGGAUGUGGGUUCGGUAGAUCUGGGCCAGGGGAGGGCGGGCUCGUGCUGAUCACUCUGUCUUGUACGUUUUGUUCUGCUGCUCUUCAAUAUUGUAUCGAUGCCAGGAAAGGGGGUGAAACCUCCUUCACCCCCAAAUAAAUUGUCACAUUCCGAAGCUA